GGACAGAGUUCACAGGCUGGGCAAUACAGUUUUAAGGAUUGAGCAGAGCUGUUCCCAUUUUCCAGCUGGCGAAUUGAACAUGCCCCCUGCAGCAGUAACCAAUCUAGGCUACACCCCACCAGACGGAGGCUGGGGCUGGGCUGUCGUCUUCGGUGCUUUCAUCUCCAUAGGAUUCUCGUAUGCCUUUCCCAAGUCCCUCACCAUCUAUUUCAAGGAGAUUCAGGAAUAUUUUUCAGUUUCCUACAGUGAGAUUGCCUGGGUGUCCUCAGUCAUGCUCGCUUCUAUGUAUGCAGGAGGUCCUGUCAGCAGUGUACUAGUGAACCGCUAUGGCAGCAGACCUGUGGUUAUAGCUGGUGGGGUCCUGGUUUGCACCGCCAUGGUUCUUGCUUCUUUUGGCACUAAUAUUAUACACCUGUAUCUCUGUGUUGGACUAAUUGGAGGUUUUGGUCUCGCCUUUAACUUGCAGCCCUCUCUGACGAUCAUAGGGACUUACUUCCAGGCGAAAAGGCCACUCGCCAAUGGACUCGCUAUGACAGGAAGUCCAGUUGUCCUCUCCACUCUGGCUCCUCUCAAUCAGUUUCUGUUUGAUUCUUUUGGUUGGAGGGGGAGCUUCCUCAUCCUGGGAUCCAUUGUUUUGAACUGCUGUGUAGCUGGUGCUCUGAUGAGACCAGUCAACAAAAGCAUACAACGCAAGACAAAUAAUGAAGCAUCAAAGUGUAACAGUGAGGCCGCUGAGGAACUUGCUGCUGCUGUAGACACCAGCACCCACUCAGAUAACCUUCAGACUGAAGAACAUCAAAGUGAGAAGAAGGGUCAGGGUUUUAUUCAGAAAUUCACAGAUGUCUCACUGUUCAGACACAGGGGCUUCCUCAUUUAUCUAAUUGGUAAUGUGGUUCUGUUUUUUGGCUUUUUUGCUCCUGUGGUUUUCCUGGCUCCGUAUGCCAAACACCAAGGGAUUGAUGAAUAUUCAGCAGCUUUCUUGCUCUCUAUGUUUGCUCUGGUGGACAUGUUCAUUAGACCAGCAACUGGCCUCAUUGGCAACACCAAGUGGAUCAGGCCAAGAAUACAGUAUUUUUUCAGUUUUGCUGUUUUAUACAAUGGCAUAUGUCACCUAAUGUGUCCACUGGCAUCCGGCUAUACAGGUCUAGCUGUAUAUGCUGUCUUCUUCGGUUUGGCAUUUGGGAUGCUCUCUGCACUCCUUUUUGAAGUUCUGAUGGACCUUGUUGGAGCUCAUCGCUUCUCCAGUGCAGUUGGACUUGCCACCAUUAUUGAGUGCGGACCAGUCCUUCUUGGACCUCCAAUUUCAGGAGCGUUGGUUGAUUAUUUUGGUGAUUACAAAUACAUGUACUAUGCAUGUGGUGUGUUUAUGCUGGUGUCUGGCAUAUUUUUCUUCAUUAUGCAUUACUACAACUAUAAAAAACUGGAUGAGGAGCACAGGCUGACUGCAGCAGCGGAGACUGGGAGUCCUGAAGAGGCAGUACAACUAAAAAUGAACCAGGAUGACAGAACAGUGACUGAAACAGAUGAAUGACCCUGCUUGCUGACUACGACUUUAUUUCAGUGGAUGUAUAAAAAUGACAUUGCACAGGCUUUUUGUGCAGUAUGUAAAUGUAUUUUGUACCUUGGAUGAGUUAGUUACUCUUUGCAUAUUUGCAGAUUCCUUUCUGUUUUUUGUAAACGCUCAUUUUA